CACCAAGAAGCCGAGGCAGCCCUAAAAACCUCCAAGCACGAUCUCGAACGUCAACUCGAAGAUGCUUUGGAACGACUCCAGGAGACGGAUCGCGUCGGUGAUGAACUCUCAGCCAUUCGUGCGGAACAACAGAAGGAGCUGGAGGACUUGCACAAUGACUUCGAGCGCACGAAGGCCGACUUGACCGAGGUCAACUUCGCGCGCAAAGAGGCUGACGCACAGUGCGAAGGUCUGCUCGAGGAAGUCGAGUCUCUCAAAACUCAGCUUUCGGAGAAGACAGAGGCCUAUGAGGCCGCCGAGGCUGAAUUUGAGCGGCUGCGGGACUGCGAGCUCAAGGAGAUGCACGAAAGACUCGACGGCGCCGCUCGGGAAGCGGAACAGGUUCAGAGCGCUCUCGCCGAAGUGGAAGACCGAUAUCAGCAACUCUUCGAGGAGUCAUCCACGGCGAAGGACGACUUGCAGAACCAGCUCACGUCUGCGCAGGACGAGGUCGACUACUUAAAGGCAACCCUUCGGGGCGAGAUGGAUCUGCACGCGCGGACGCAGAAGGAGCAUGAGGAGGAAGUGCGCCUCGCUAAGGACGAGACAGCUGAGGCAGAGAGGGAGAGCGACCAGCUCCGUCAAGAGAUAACUGCUCUCCGUGCGCAACUCGAGGAAGCAGACUCUUCGCUACAGACGCUCGAGAACGAGCGGACAGCUCUGCAGUUCGACGCAACCAGCAUGGGUGCGGAGGUACAGCGCCUCAAAUCCCUCCAGCGCUAUCUAGAGAGCCAGGUCAAGGAGAGUGAAACCCGUAUCCAGUCUUUGUCGGACGACCUUGACGAGGCACGCUCCAAACUUGUGCAAUCCGAGAAGGCAUUCCAAGGCCUGGAGGCGACCUCAUCAAUGCGGGAGAUUCAGCAAGAGCAGACCAUCCAUGCGCUCAAGCGUGAUCUACAGGCUCUUCGAUCGAACCCUUCGUUGGAAGAGAAGAUCGCCGAUCUUGAGGAGCGAAACAUGGAGAUGGAAGAGCACCUGCGUAACAAGUGCGCAGAGAUUGAGGAGAAUGACGAUCGCUUCAUUGAGAUGCUCAAAGAGAAGAAGAAACUCACGAGCAGGAUCGAGACGCUCACGAGAAAGCUUCAUGCACUCCAGAGCAAAGUUGCGGCCGGAGAAGCUGACGCGUCCACGCCCAAGGCUGAGGCAGGGCCUUCUUCCGCUCCUGCGCUACGUGCAGCAAGGUCCUCGUCAUCCAUGGCUCCUCAGCCUGUCGUCCCCAGGCUGGAGCGCGUACCACACUCACAGCCUCCAUUGCCAACUCCUACAUACACGCCAACGACCCCCAACUCUCGCUCACGUAUCGCCUCGGGGCCAUCGGCGUUGCCGAGGCCCAAGACACCAGAGGUCCGGACGUCACAGCCUACCGUCUUCAGAGCUCGCACGCCAGAAGCACGGCGGACGCCGUCCCAGGCGCCAUCCCUGCCCCCCAUCCCCGCCAUGCCCAUCGCGUUCUCAUCCUCGUCCAUGGCCACGACGAGCACGGCGGGCAAGAAGCGCAGGGCGCCGGACGACUUCGACGACUGCGAGAGCCUGCCUCCGCAGGGCUUCACCGCCGACUGCCUGCCCGUCAACCAGCCCGCGACGCCCCGCGCCCGCAGAGCGCUGCAGGCGGUGCGGACGGGGUUCACGCCCGUGCGGAGCCACGUCAUGCAGCUGUCCCCUCGGCGGGCGACCACAGCCGCUCUUCCUCCUGCGAUCGCGGACGUGACGAACAGUCCGCGCGGGAAGGCGGCCGCGCAGGAGGCGACGGCUGCGAAGCGGGGGUGGCUGGGCAAGAUCAGGAAUGGGUCGGGGCAGGCGAGGGCGGUGUCGUCCCGGCCUGCGUAUGACCGCAGGUGACGACUUGCCAUUGCCAGUGGGAUCAUGACUCUGAGGUUACGAGGUUCGCCAGUUAUGACACACACUGUAUAAUGUUCCUGGUCCUAUGAGCUCUCUACGUCUAUCUUUAUGUGUUGUGCAUGCACCGUACAGGUCCUGUAUCCUUAGCACGCAUGGACUCUCUCUCGAAUACAUUCUAUUGAUCA